ACUUUUAAAAAAAGAAAUUAGACUAUAAAAUAAAGUGUAAUAAAUUUAUGAGCGAAGAAUGACGUAGUUUGGAUACAUGCAAGAACUCUUUUUAUGAUAUUGAGAAUGAAAUUUCUGGUGAUUGUUCCACUCUUGGCUUUUAUGUUAUUGGCUGAGUGUGCUCCUCAGAGUGGAGGUGGAGGAGCUGGAGGUGAAGUUGAAGGAGGAGCUGGAGGUGAACUUGGAGGAGGAGCUGGAGGUGGAGUUGGCGGAGGGGCUAGUGGCGAGGUCGGAUUUGGUCUUCACCUCGGAUUUGGAGCCGGCGCAGGUGCAGGAGCGGGUGCUGGUGCCGAUGGCGAAGCCGGAGCUGGAGGAGGCCUUUUAGGCGGCCUUGGGCUAAACUUUGGAAUAGGAGCAUCGGCUGGAGCUAGUGGAGGAGCAAGCGCUGGAGCUAGUGGAGGAGCAAGCGCUGGAGCCAGUGGAGGAGCAAGUGCUGAAGCCAGUGGAGGAGCAGAAGCUGGAGGAGGAGGUAGCGAACCAUGAAUUAUUCGAGUUAAAAGAGUUUUAUUGAUUGUGAAUAUUAUGAAUUCAUUUCCCAGCUUUAAGAAAAAUUCAAUAGAUCUUUCAGAUUUAUUUGAAAAUAGGAAAUAUUCCUAAGCAAAUGAGGGGAACAAUAAAGACUGAAUUAUUUUA